AUGUGCAAGAGCCCUAUACUAGAUAGAGUCUGCGAGGAGGAUCAUACCAAAAGCUUGGCACAAGUCCUGGAAGUAGCAGUUAACAAAGAAGCAGCACUAGGAUCCGAUUACCAAACUCUGCAUCAGUUGAAGACAAAGAAAGGGCAAGAGCAGAAGUCAAACACAUGGAAGAGUAACAAAAAUGGACCACAACACUCCAAGGGGGAAAUAAAGCAUGGUGAAACGGCACAGAAAUGCAAGUGUUGUGGGUUAGGGAACCAUGUAAAGAAGAACUGUCAUUUAGCUAAAGUAUGUUAUAAACGCCAAGUACAUCAGGUGGAAACACAUGAAUCCAAUUUAGAUUAUGCUGAAAUGUACCAUUUGAAGUGUGAUAACUAUGUGGCAUCACCACAAAUUUCAUUAUUAGUGAAUGAGAACCUUAUUAAUAUGGAACUUGAUUCAGGUGCUAGCAUUUCAGUAGUCCCCGAGAGCUGUUUCAAUAAUUAUUUCAAGGAAUCUAAAUUAAAGAGUACCAAUAUAAGAUUAAAAUGUUAUGAUGGGACCGAAAUUGUACCUGAAGGUGAAUUCCAUACCACAAUAAACUAUAAGGGUCAAGUUUUUGAAUUUUGUAGAUUUUUAGUGGUUAAGAAAGGUUCAGUUCCUUUGCUUGGCCGAGAUUUAAUAAAACGCCUUAACAUUAAAAUUUAUCUUGCUGAUCCAAGGUAUCCAACUAUAAAUUCAUUGAAAGGAAAGGACGAUUUGAAAAUUUUGUUAAGUAGGUUUGAAGAAUUAUUCAAAGAUGAACUCGGUACUUAUAGGCAUGAAAAGAUAGAGCUAAAUAUUAUGCCAGAUGUGAAACCCAUCUUCUGUAAACCCAGACCAGUCCCGUUCCUCUUCAAGGAAAAAAUCAAUAGUGAACUAGAAAAAUUAGAAGCUAAGGGGGUCAUUUCAAAAGUAGAAACUUCAGAGUGGGGAACACCGUUAGUUCCUGUAAUGAAAGAGAGCGGGGAAAUAAGAUUGGGUGCGGAUUAUAAGGUCACGGUGAACAAAUAUUUGAUAGAUGUAAAGCAUCCAUUGCCAAGGAUAGAUGAACUGUUUUCUCAGCUUCAUGGAGAAUUUUUCUCAAAAUUAGAUUUUUCCUCGUGGAGUACACAUAAAGGUAUUUAUAAUGUAAAUCGAUUACCCUUUGGCACUAAACCGGCUUGUUCUAUUUUCCAAAAAAUUGUUGAAAAAGUUUUGCAAGGUGUGAAUGGAACGGUUAUAUUUUUGGACGAUAUCGUUGUGACUGGAAAAAACAGGGAAGAGCAUAUGAAAAAUUUGGAAGAAGUUUUUGAUAAGUUGAGUAAAGCGGGAUUCAGAUUGAAUUUGAAAAAGUGCGAAUUUUUCGUACCAGAAGUGAAGUAUUUAGGUCAUUACAUAAACAAAAAUGGUCUUCAUAAAGAUUUCGAUAAAGUCAGAGCGAUUACUGAGAUGCCAACACCAACUGACCAGGGACAAGUGAAAUCGUUUGUAGGAAUGGUAAAUUACUAUGGACGAUUUGUACCAAAUUUAUCGACCCUGCGCAAAGAUUUUAAGUUCAACUGGUCUCAAGAAUGUGAUAAAUCAUUCAAAAGGGUCAAAGAGGCAUUAACGUCAGAUCAAACUUUAGUUUUCUUUGAUAGGGAUAUUCCAUUACAGUUAAUAUGUGAUUCAUCACAGGUCGGAAUCGGUUGUGUCCUGGUACAUGUGUUUCCAGAUGGUACUGAAAGACCCAUAAGUUUUGCGUCCAGGAAAUUGAACAAGGCAGAAUUAAAUUAUUCAGUCAUACAUAAGGAGGCUCUAGCUAUUUAUUGGGGAGUGCAGAAACAUUAUCAGUACUUAUUAGGAAAUUCGUUUACUUUGUGUUCAGACCACAAACCGCUGUUAGCCCUAUUCGGGGAAAAUAAAGGCAUCCCUCAGAUGGCUGCGGGACGUUUACAACGAUGGGCGCUUUUCCUCAGUGGAUUUAAUUACCAUUUCCAAUAUAUUAAAGGCUCUGAAAAUGGAGGAGCCGACGGUCUUUCUAGAUUUCCGAUUGAAUCGAAGGAAAAGGGUGAAAUAUUGGUUGAUUAUUUUCAUUUUUUAUUAGAAGAUAAAAUUCCGAUAAGCGCCAAAGAAAUACGUAAUGACACAAGAAUUGACAAUGUUUUGAGCAAGGUUUACCUAUUCGUUGAAGAGGGCUGGCCUGAUAAUACUUCGGAAGAGUUGUUACCUUAUAAACGGAGAAAGUUAGAACUUGGUAUUGAAGGUGGAAUUUUACUUUGGGGAUUUAGAGUGGUAAUUCCAAGUAAGUUCAGAAGACAAAUAUUGGAGGAAUUACAUGGUGCUCAUAACGGAAUGGUUAAAAUGAAAGCUUUGGCGAGGCAAUAUUUAUGGUGGCCUAAUUUAGACGCAGAUAUUGAGAAAUAUUUUGCGGAAGGAAAACACGUUUUCGACAGAAUCCAUAUAGAUUUUCUGGGGCCAAUACAAGGCUCCUCGGGGGAGCCUGUAACCCCUAGAGGACGCGUCCCCAGGUGGCGGAUAGGGGAAUGCCUCCCAGAUAUGGGUGGUAGGAGGGAAAUGAAAUACCUCUCGCGGACCAUCAGGAAAGUAGCGUCUGCCUCAGAAUGA